CCUUUGCUUCCUUUUCUAGGAGCCUGGAGAGGUGUGGCUGGACCAAGAUCUCCCCCAAUGUGAACAGGCUUCCUCCUCCCCCUACCAUCCAUUGUCAUCACGCCAGGGAACAUCUUCAGGCCCUGGCCCUCAGGGGAGAGGUAACAGAAGCCCGGAGCCGAGACCAUGUGACGGCGCUGGCCCUUGCCACCGCCGUCCCCCCCACCCUGGCCCCAGGCCUGGCACCAUGAUGUUCCGAGACCAGGUGGGCAUCCUUGCUGGCUGGUUCAAGGGCUGGAAUGAGUGUGAGCAGACAGUGGCCCUGCUGUCACUUCUGAAGCGGGUCACCCGUACCCAAGCCCGCUUCCUGCAGCUCUGCCUGGAGCAUUCACUUGCGGACUGCAAUGACAUCCACCUGCUGGAGUCGGAGGCCAACAGCGCUGCCAUCGUCAGCCAGUGGCAGCAGGAGUCCAAAGAAAAGGUGGUGUCCCUCCUGCUGUCCCACCUGCCCCUGCUUCAGCCUGGCAACACAGAGGCCAAGUCGGAAUACAUGAGGCUGCUGCAGAAAGUUCUGGCCUACUCAAUUGAGAGCAAUGCCUUCAUUGAGGAGAGCCGCCAGCUGCUCUCCUAUGCCCUCAUCCACCCGGCCACCACCCUGGAGGACCGUAAUGCACUGGCCCUCUGGCUGAGCCACCUGGACGAGCGGCUGAGCCCCCUGGAAGGGCGGCUGGCACGUGGCUUCCGCACCCGGACAGAGCCAUCCUACCACUCGCGCCAAGGCUCUGAUGAGUGGGGGGGUCCUACAGAGGUGGGCCCUGGGGAGGCAGGGCCAGGCUGGCAGGACAAGCCUCCCCGGGAAAACGGACAUGUGCCCUUCCACUCAUCCAGCUCAGUGCCGCCAGCCAUCAACAGUAUUGGGAGCAACGCAAACACAGGUCUCCCCUGCCAAAUCCACCCGAGCCCAUUGAAGCGCUCAAUGUCACUCAUCCCUACCAGCCCCCAGGCCUCUGGUGAGUGGCCAAGUCCAGAGGAACUCGGGGCCCGGGCUGCUUUCACCACACCCGACCACGCGCCCCUCUCACCCCAGAGCAGCGUGGCCUCUUCUGGCAGUGAGCAGACGGAGGAGCAGGGCUCCAACCGGAACACUUUCCAGGAGGACGGCAGUGGCAUGAAAGAUGUGCCCUCAUGGCUCAAGAGCCUCCGCUUGCACAAGUAUGCAGCCCUCUUCUCACAGAUGAGCUAUGAGGAGAUGAUGACGCUGACAGAGCAGCACCUGGAGUCUCAGAAUGUCACCAAAGGUGCCCGCCACAAGAUAGCCCUGAGCAUCCAGAAGCUGCGUGAGAGGCAGAGUGUCCUCAAGUCCCUUGAGAAGGAUGUGUUGGAAGGCGGGAAUCUGCGAAACGCUCUGCAGGAGCUGCAGCAGAUCAUCAUCACCCCCAUCAAGGCCUACAGCAUCCUCCAAGCCACUGUGGCUGCUGCUGCUGCUGCUGCCACCUCUGCUGCCCCCACUGCCAAGGACGGGGGCCGGGGGGAGCAAACGCUGCCAGGUGCUGAGCCCCCUGCGGCCCACCCAGGCACAGAUAAGGGCACUGAGGCCCAGGACCCUCCAGCUGCAGAGAGCUACCCCCCUCCACCAGCAUCGGCUCCCUCUGACAGCAGUGAGUCAGCCCCAGCUCCCGUCGCCGAUGGAGACAUUCCCAGCCAGUUUACACGGGUGAUGGGCAAAGUGUGCACUCAGCUGCUGGUGUCCCGACCAGAUGAGGAGAACAUCACCAGUUACCUCCAGCUCAUCGAAAAGUGCCUGACUCAUGAGGCUUUCACGGAGACGCAGAAGAAACGGCUGCUGUCCUGGAAGCAGCAAGUGCUGAAGCUCCUCCGAACAUUCCCACGCAAAGCCGCAUUAGAGAUGCAGAACUACCGGCAGCAGAAGGGCUGGGCAUUCGGCUCCAACUCACUCCCCAUAGCUGGCUCUGUGGGGAUGGGAGUGGCCCGGCGGACCCAGCGGCAGUUCCCAAUGCCUCCUCGGGCCCUCCCACCUGGCCGGAUGGGCCUCCUGAGCCCCUCAGGCAUUGGGGGCGUCUCCCCACGACAUGCGCUCACCAGCCCCAGCCUUGGGGGCCAGGGCAGACAGAACCUAUGGUUUGCCAACCCCGGAGGCAGCAACAGCAUGCCCAGCCAGAGCCGCAGCUCCGUGCAGCGCACCCACUCGCUCCCGGUCCACUCAUCGCCCCAGGCCAUCCUUAUGUUCCCUCCAGAUUGCCCGGUCCCUGGGCCUGACCUGGAGAUCAAUCCCACUUUGGAGUCUCUGUGUCUGAGCAUGACAGAACACGCCUUAGGUGAUGGGACAGACAAAACCUCCACCAUCUGACAGGACCCACAGCCCAGCGCACCCAUAGGCUCCCCGGGCGGCGGGCGGGGGCCAACCCCCAACGGGCUUCUCUGCGGCAGCGAGAGGGUGGGCUGGCUCAGCUAUACAUCCUAAUAUUUUUCUACUCUCUCAUCCUUUUAACUUUUGUUUAACAUUGGCACAUGCCUUGCUUACUCCCAGGCCCAUUGAGGGAUCUCUGCUGAGGCCUGAGGAGGUAGGGGCAGCCAGGAUAAAGGGGGCAGGGAAUGGCCAGAUGCCUGCCCCUCUCCCUCCCUUCUCAUCCCCUACCUGGCCCCGUCCCACCCCUGCCUCCUCCAGGCCGCUGACCACCUGCCCCUCCCCGAGGGAGCAGACUCCCCCAGAGACAAACUGACCACUACGUUGUGGAGCCUGCUCAGACAUGAGUCAUGUGGGGAGCAAGGAGCAGGGUAGAUAGCCUGCUCUCCAGAGUAUAAGAGGAGCUGGGGAGAAGGGGAAUGAGAGAGGAACUUCCCUCUCUCCUCCUCACUUCCCCCUUCCCCCUUCCCAUCAUCCCCAAGGACAGGAGCCACCUUCCUCUCACUCACCUCCUUUUGCCCUGUUUAUCAGAGGUUCUCUACAAUUAAUUUCUUAGGCCUAUUUAAGAUACAUAUUUAUAUAGUUCUUAACGGUUUUCUCUGAUCAUUCCCUCCCAUUUUUAGAAUCCCCAGGCCUCUCUCUGAGCCAAGACAGUGGCAGGGGGAGCCUCAACUUUAUGAGGGGAGAGGGCAGAGCCCACUCCUCCUGACCCCUAACCGUCCCCAUGGCCCCCUAGCCCUGGCUCUCAGGUGCAGUGGUUGAAGGCAUGCAAGCCAGGGCAGCCAGCAAGGUCAGGAAGUCUGUUGCCUUAACGUCCCCUUCCCCCAUCAACACACACCCUUCUCCACUCCUGGGUCUGGGCGGUGAAAGACCUGGGGACAGGAAUAAGGGAAAGGGGAUUGUUUGGUUUUUGGGGUCCCCCCUACCUUCCCACCCCUUUUCUUUCAGCCUUCCCCCACCCACCAUUAUGUCAUGACCUCACUUGAGUGGAACACUAUUAUCAUAACCCAGAGAUUUGUCCCAGCCCAGUCAGACAGACCCUCUGGUCCCUAUUCCUAUGAGGGGUUGUGCUGGGGCCCAGGUGGAGGAAGAGGGUUUGGGGAUUCAGACUGUGGGGAAGCCAGGGUCCCCCCUAUUCCAACUCCCUCCUGCCCUUCAACCCACCCCUCUCACUGGGACAUUCUCAAGCUUUUCACACCGAAAAGGAAAAAAAAAUGUUAUUUUUAGAUACAUUUUAUGAAUAACUUUUGUUAAGAAUAUGGCUGGUAACCAUUGUGUAUGUUAUUAAAGAUACAAAAUGUUGGGAAAAAACAAAAAACCAAAAAAAAAAAAAUUUUAAAACCACCGCCCUUCUGCACUAUCGCCCCAUUCCCCAGACCUUCUUGCCCCUGCCCUCCUGGUCUGUGGACCUCCCUCUGCUCUGAGCCCAGGGAGGGGGAAGAAGCCAGGGGGCAGGGUAACCCUGGGGACCUGCAUCUGGGUUCCCACCUCCUCUCCCAGUGCCGGGCUGGGGGGGGAGUCAGGUUUAUUUAUGUACCUCUUGCACACUCAUCAACCUAUGCAAGUCCCCACCCGGCCCCUCCAUGUUUCUGUGCCUUUGCUCAUUCCCCUCAAGCUCCCAGGGCUGCUCCAGGCCCCUCCCACUAGUCAUUGGAAGGGCCAUGGUCAGUCACCUCUUUGGAAUCAGCAGGGUGUCCCUCAUGGGACCCUCACCUUCCCCGCACCACCCCCCUCCCUGCCGGUCCUGUCGUCUUCACUCCCCAUCAUCAGGGUGAGCUGACUCUGCCUGACCCUGGGAGGUGGUGAGGGACGCCCUUCCCAGUAGGGAGACAAGAGCUGCCCCCCAGCUGACCGCAGAGUGUGCAGGACGCAGGCGGCCCCACUCUGAUGGGCAGGACCCUGAUCCUCCUACUCCUAGGCCCUCUUCCAUGAUUUCAACCCUCCUCACCUACUUCUGUCCCCAGCCCCACUGGCAGAAUCAGCUUUGAGUAACUGUACAGUUUUUCUCGCUGUUGGAGAAGACUUAUUUGUUGGAGUUUCACUUGUUUAAUGGUCUGGGCUUAUUUUGGAGAAAAAAAAAGAAACAAAAACAAAAAAAAAGA